AUGAAGUCCUCCUAUACCUUUACUUUGCUAGCCGCCUUCUGCGCGAUCGGCGCCUGGUCACGCCCUCUUUCUCCGCCUGACUCGCUCGGCCGUCGUAUGACGAUGUACUACAACAAAGAUGUCUCAGACGAGGUCGACCCUGAGGCUGAUGAAGUUGUCAAACGCAUGACAAUGUACUACAAUAAGGAUGUCUCAGACGAGGUCGACCCUGAGGCUGAUGGAGUUGUCAAACGCAUGACAAUGUACUACAAUAAGGAUGUCUCAGACGAGGUCGACCCUGAGGCUGAUGAAACUGUCAAACGCAUGACAAUGUACUACAAUAAGGACGUCUCCGAUGAGGUCGAUCCCGAGGCUGAGUCAGCAGACGAGGCUUGA